AUGUGGGGCCCCGGUGCAGACCUGGCCAAGUCCAAGAACCACACCAUGCACAACCAGUCCCAAAAGCAGCACAGAAACGGCAUCAAGGAACCCCGAUCACAAUAUGAAUCUCUUAAGGGGGUGGGCCCCAAGUUCCUGAGGAACAUGAGCUUUGCCAAGAAGCACAACAACAAGGGCCUGAAGAAGAUGCAGGCCAACAACGCCAAGGCCCUAAGUGCACAUGCUGAGGCUAUAAAGGCUCUUGUAAAGCCCAAGGAGGUCAAGCCCAAGAUCCCAACAGGCGGCAGCCACAAGCUUAGUCGACUUGUCUACAUUAUUCACCCCAAGCUCAGGAAACGUGCUCAUGCCCGCAUCGCCAAAGGUUUCUGGCUCUGCCGGCCAAAGUCCGAGGCCAAGGCUCAAACCAAGGCCAAGGCUGCAGGUGCAGCUGCUGCUCCAGCUCAAGCUCCCAAAGGUGCCCAGAACCCCACAAAGGCUCUGGAGUAG